UUAUUGCCGGAACAUUACACGAAUAAUCGUACCUCGAAGGAAAGCAAUGAUGCCUUUUUAUCAUUUGUUGAAAAAAAUCUUAAACCAAAAGACCUUGCAGAUGUAUUUUUGAAAGCAAUGAAUUCGACUUUUAAUUUGUCAGUUUUGUCAAAUGAAAGUACGUGGACACAAGACCACACGUUUUUCAAUGUCAUUGUUUUCAUUGACGCCCUGUCCUGCGUCUUCCUGGUGUUCGGGAACUUUUUUAUCAUUGCUCUCAUCCGGAAGAAACGGCUUCUGGGAAGGUCAACAAAUGUAUUCAUCUUUUCUAUCGCAGUGGCGGACUUCCUGAAUGGUACAGUUGCCAUACCAACGCACAUAUUAUUUCUGUAUCAAAAGGAGACGACCUACUUAUGUAAGUGUUUCCGCUUUAUGAGCUUCCUGUCGAAGACGGUGGUUCCCUAUACUAUCAUGUUUAUGACUGCGGAGAAAACAAUGCGGAUUCUGUGUCCGACCCGUGAAUUCGUGACCGUCGCCCGAUGCAUGUUCUGCACCAGUCUACUGUGGUUCUUUUCGUCCUCUUUCAACAUUUGGAGCGUGGUCCUCUUUACAUCUGUACCGCUUUCUCCCCCCAACGUUGAUCUUGGAUUUGAAGAAAGUUACAAACAAUGUGUUCUAAAUAAGCGAUUUUCCUUUCUACAUCAGUACUUUCUCUUAAUGGACCUGUUUAUAUUGUUUUUGAUACCCUUAACAGUUGUGAUUUCGCUGUUUCUGGUACUAGUCAUCAAAUACUUCACUAUUCUACGGGAGAGGAUUCUGACGUAUUUCUUCGUUGUUAAGCUUUUACUGGCUCUAUCACUCAAUGUUCUAAUUACACACACUCCUUAUCAAGUCAUUACUUUCGUAGAAAACUCUCCAGAUUUCCGAUCCCGUGAAUCCUUCUUCCUCUCUAAUCUCUUAACCAGUCUGUUUUUCACUCGAGGGAUCUGGAACCUUGUGAUAUAUGGAUACUUUAAGCAUUAUGUUUGUCAGAAACAAAAUCUAGCCAGUAUUCGGGCAGGGAACUGUCCUCCUAAAACAGAAUCAGAUAGGUUACCAUUACAAAGAAACAGACAAACCAUAACACGGCAGAGAAAUGUGAUGUAA